GAUGUAUCUGUAUAUGUGGUAACUCUGGUUGUUGUGCUUAACGUAUAGUGUUUUCAAAAGUGAUGGUCACGWGGUUUGACUGAAGCUUACGGUUUGCCAGAAGAGAGGGCUUUCAGUUUGAAUGCAUUAAGAGGUUAGAGAGCGAGGGAUUCACACAAUAGAUACACAAAGAAAUGGAUCCAAUGGACAAAAGUGUGACACCAAUGACCAACCAUUUGCCCGUAAAGAGACGGAAGCUAUCAAACAAACUGUCUCAACACAAGCGGACACCACUUUUCCGUUAUUACUCGGCCAAUGACGCCGUCCAGUCGGCCGCAGUCAUGACCGCUGUCCAAAAGUCUUGCUCCGAUCCAUCACUAAUCGGCGACUUCAGCAAAUCUUAUGCAUUACCAUUAGUUCGCGGCAAACAUCAGGAUUUGAAGUCGAUAUCGGCUGCAGUUUUGGCACAACUUCUUGAAGACAAUUAUAGCGACGCCAUAGCUGAGUAUACGGUCAUUGACUGCCGGUAUCCCUAUGAAUAUAAUGGCGGACACAUUCGUGGCGCCAAAAAUGUUUUCACAAAAGAAGCCAUUCUUGAAGAUUACAUCAACAAUAAGACACAGAAGCCGUCGGAACCUCAAGAAAAGGAAAACACAAGAGACGAUAAUAAGCGCCAAAUUCUUAUCUUUCACUGCGAGUUCUCCUCAGAACGCGGACCCACUUUAUCUCGUUUCUUGCGUAAUAACGAUCGUUGGGUUAACAAAGAUGUCUAUCCACGACUACAUCAUCCGGAGGUUUAUUUACUCGAAGGCGGAUACAAAGCCUUCUUCGAGAUGUAUCCGAACUUGUGUGAGCCCUCGUCAUACCUACCGAUGCACUCAAAAGAUCACGAAAACGAGUUAAAACAUUUCAGACAAUCGAUGAAGAGUCUGACCAGCGAUGGCAAGAAUAAUGAUAAUAACAAUAAUAGUGUUAGUAAUGGAUUUGGAUCAGUACUGAAAUCCAUUAAUUUUAAUAAAAGUUUUGAAGUUUAGGACAAUUAUUAAGUUAUCUUUUAGUAUAAUUGCAAUUAUUUUAAAUACUUAUUUUUA